AUGGCGCUGGAGUUAUUGGCACUAGCAUUUGUUAUGAUAUCCGCUGUACUUCUUUACAGCGCAUACUCACACGCCACUGAGAACGCAAAGUUACCGCCUGGUCCGAUGCCUCUACCCCUCAUUGGUAACAUGCUGCAAAUGGGAACAAAACCUCAUUAUGGUCUUACCAAGCUGGCGAAGAAGUUCGGAAAGGUUUUCCGCCUCUCUGUCGGAGUUCGUCGCAUCGUGGUAAUCAACAGUAUCGAUCUCGCUCGUGAAGCCCUCGUUAAGAAGUCGCACGACUUCGCAGGCCGUCCUCGACUCUAUACAGCUGACCUUAUAUCGAGAGGAGGUAAAGAUAUAGCUUUCAGUGACUUUAGCCCGACCUGGAAAUUGCAGAGAAAGAUCGCGCACUCGGCGCUAAAAAUGUUUGGGCAAGGCAUCAAGCCGAUCGAAGAAAAAAUCUGCCAGGAGAUUGACGAACUUAUCUCCCGCUUUGAAAGUGUGGAGGGACGCGCGCACGAUCCACAUAAAGAUGUUGUCUUGGCUGUUAUCAAUGUUAUCUGUGCGUUCGUGUUCGGCUCGCGUUACAACUUGGAAGAUCCGGAAUUCAACACCAUCUUGCGUUACAUGGAGCAGGUUGUGCAGGGUUUUAGGGCUGGAAAUUUGGUCGACUUUUUCCCUUGGAUGCGACAUUUUCCGUCCAAGGGAUUGAAACUCAUCAGGGAAGCUGUGAAAGACCGUGACAUCAUUCUACAAAAGAAGUUCGAGGAGCACAAGAACACUUACCAAGACUGCGUGACGCGUGACCUUACUGAUGCUUUGAUAAAAGCAAUGAAAGAUUCCCAGUCAGAAAACCCCGACAAUGUGUUAUCUAUCACUGAGGACCAUGUGGUGUUGACCAUAUUUGACAUUUUUGGAGCAGGAAUGGAAACUACUUCCACGUGCGUCCUCUGGGCGCUUGCAUACUUAGUUCGCAAUCCCAAGGUGCAACAGCGUAUUCACCAGGAGCUCGAUGACGUCAUAGGACAUGAUAGGCUGCCUGAAUUAGCAGACAAGCCCAACUUACCCUACUUGGAGGCUACCAUUUUGGAAGUGCUGAGGUAUAGCUCGAUGGUUCCACUGUUAUUUCCGCAUUCCACAACUGCAGACACCACUUUGAAUGGAUAUGAAAUUCCCAAAGACACCAUGGUACUGUUUAACGUCUGGGCCAUGCACCAUGAUGAAAACGAGUGGCAAAGACCCUACGAAUUUGACCCCUCGCGAUUCCUUGAUGCUGAAGGAAAAGUCAUUUGCCCGGGCACCAAAAGUUAUCUGCCUUUUGGAGCUGGUAGGCGCGUGUGCCUCGCAGAAUCCCUGGGGAAAGUCCAGCUGUUUCUCUUCGUUUCACGUCUGCUUCACAAGUUCCGCUUCAGCGUUCCUCACGGUGCCAAAGUGCCUGAUUUAGAGGGGAUUUUUGGUUCAAGUAUGAGUCCCAAGCCGUACCAAUUGUGUAUUGAAAGGCGCUGUUAG